GCGCAAGGCAAUGGAGGAGUACAUCAAGGAGGCUCUCCAACAACAGUUCAUCCACCCUUCCACCUCACCGACGGCCUCAAGCUUCUUCUUUGUGGGCAAGAAGGAUGGAGGCUUGCGGCCAUGCAUCGACUACCGGACCCUCAAUGAACACACUGUCAAGCUCCCCUAUCCUCUUCCCCUGGUCCCAGCCACCCUCGAGGAACUCCAUGGGGCUCGCAUCUUCUCGAAGCUGGACCUGCGUAGCGCCUACAACCUUGUUCGUAUCCGGGAGGGCGACGAGUGGAAGACGGCAUUCAUCACUCCCUCAGGCCACUAUACAUAUCAGGUCAUGCCAUAUGGCCUCUCCAACUCACCGUCCGUCUUCCAGGGAUUUAUGAACAAGGUGUUCCGGGUGUUCCUCCACAAAUUUGUCAUAGUGUACAUCGACGACAUCCUGAUUUACUCCCGGAACCUGGCCGAACAUUGCCACCACAUCACGCAGGUCCUACACCAACUCAGGAAGCACCAUCUCUACCUGAAGCUCAAGAAGUGUGAGUUCCACCUCCCCACGGUUCAAUUCCUCGGCUACAUCCUCAGUGCAGAUGGCAUUCAGAUGGACCAGGGGAAGGUCCGAUCCAUCUGUGACUAG